CUUAUAUCCACGUGGAGGUGCUGAAGCGACUGAAAAGCCUGGAUUUCACACUCCGCCCCUACUAAAACUCUUAUAUCCAGACGCAAACAUUAUGAACCUUUAAAAAUAAACAGUCUACAGCUAACGCUAAACGUGGACAUGGAUUUACGGAGUCAUAAAGCCUAUCCACACUGAACCGAUCGAUCGUAAGUCAGCGUCAAUGUACGGAGAUGUGUUUUGGGGGCUAAGUGACAACACGGAUACGCAGUGAAAGUGUGCUGAAGAGUUGUUAAAUACGCCGGAGAAACAUCAUGGCAAACAGCGUCACUCAAGAGUACAUGCAGAUCCCAGCCGUCACGCGAGCUUAUACUACAGCAUGCGUCCUGACAACUGCAGCUGUGCAGUUGGAGCUCAUCACACCGUUUCAACUCUAUUUUAACCCUGACUUGAUAUUAAAGAAAUACCAGAUAUGGCGACUGAUCACAAACUUCUUGUUUUUUGGGCCUCUUGGAUUCAGCUUCUUGUUCAACAUGAUUUUUCUAUAUCGUUACUGUCGAAUGCUGGAGGAAGGCUCCUUCCGUGGUCGAACGGCAGAUUUUGUCUAUAUGUUCCUGUUCGGUGGUGUUCUUAUGACUCUCUUCGGUCUAUUUGCCAACCUGUUCUUUUUAGGACAGGCUUUCACUAUCAUGCUGGUUUAUAUCUGGAGUAGAAGGAACCCUUAUGUCCGCAUGAACUUCUUUGGCCUGCUCAACUUCCAGGCCCCAUUCCUUCCCUGGGUGCUCAUGGGAUUCUCGCUGUUACUGGGCAACUCCAUUGUUAUUGAUCUCUUGGGGAUUGGUGUAGGACACAUCUACUACUUCCUGGAGGAUGUAUUUCCUAACCAGCCCGGAGGCAGAAAGCUGCUUACCACUCCUGGAAUUUUUCGAGUUUUGUUUGACAUGCCUCAAGAAGAUCCGGAUUAUGCCCCUCUUCCAGAAGACCAGAGUGGAAUAUCUGGACAAGGUGUAGAAGAUGAUGGCCAAGGUCAAAAUGAUGAAGAAAACUGAAGGUUUCAAUACCACAAAGACAGCAAUAAAUCUUGUCAUGCUUUUAAAGUCCUCCUUGCUUUACUUGGGGAAGUUUGUGUCUGCAUGUCAAGUUUUGUAAGUCAGACUGUGUAAUGGAAGACACUCUUUGUUAACGGGGCGAUGCUUUAGCACACGGUCUACUUUGGAUCCAGGAAAGCCGGAGACUAUGGCCACCUCAGUGCCUUUGUGUACAAAAUAAAUGGAUCCAAAUUUUGCAUUCAGUGCCAUGUUCGUCACAAA